GUGAAGCGUACUUAAUUCGGGACCGAAUGAAGGAGGAAUAUAUAGUGACAAGGUCUUUAUCGCUUAACCCAGCCUUUUUUAACUUCCGCAAUGCAUAGAGUCUAGAAUUUGCUUUUUUAAUCACAUAGUCGACAUGAUCACACCAAGAUAGAUCCUCUCUCAGUAGCACACCGAGCAGUUUAAAGGAGGAUACUGAUUGCACUGGCGAACCAUCUAUGUAGAUCGCAUUAUCAAGUGGAAGGUGGUAUUGGAGGAAGGAUAUUGUCAUCUCCUUACAUUUCUUACUGUUAAGCUUCAUUCCUCUACUUGAGGCAUACUGAGAUACAUCAUUUACGAGAAUAGGUAGCAAGCUAGGAGAGCAACGUGGAACAAUUUCUAGUGCAGUAGCAUCGUCUACAAACUUUAUCCGCCCAUUCCAGUCCUGUAGGAGGGAAUUGACUAAAAUGGCAAAGAGAAGAGGGCCAAGUUUAGUUCCUUGAGGUAGGCCACCGUUAACGGGUUUCCAUGAGGAAAAGGAUGGUCCGAUUUUAACACACUGUUCGCGGGAGGUAAGGAACGACUUUAUCCAUCUUAUAAUGGCAGGACUCACUUGUAAUUUUAAAAGUUCAUCAAUAAUGACAUUAUGGUCGACGAGAUCAAAACCUUUUUUGAAAUCAGCAAAAAAGAUUCUUACAGAGCAGUGGCCUUGAUCUAAAGCAGCAUGAAUCAAGUGGAGGAGAUAAACGAGUGCCUGAGUGGUUGACUUUCCCGGAAGAGCAAAUUGCUUUGGGUCCAAUUUAAGACCCACUUCCGACAUGAGGGACUGUAGCAUAAAUCCUUCCAUCACUUUAGAUACCUGAGCUGUGAGUGAUAUAGGUGAUAUAGGUCUUAAAUCGUCCUCAAUAGUCUGAGGUGGUGACACUUUUGGAAUGGGAACGACGAUAGAACGUUUUAGCUGAUCAGGGAAGACUCCCUGGAGCACUGAUGUAUUGUAUAUGUCCGUUAUGAUAGGGGCAAAUUCAAAAGCGAAGGUUUUCAGGAUCCUAUUUGGGAUACCGUCUGGGCCAGUUUACAGCUUACAAAUUAUUCAUAUCCGACGAGUUUAAGAGCGUGGGUUUGAAAACCUGUCAAAUCUCGAGGGGUGUACUCCUCCGCCGGCAUCUCUAUAUAGGUGUGACCUACAUGUAUGAAUAUUUUUUCUUCGUUAUGCACCACAUCUUUGCCCGAAUAGAACUAAUUCGUUUAUGGAAAAUCCAUAAACAGUUCAAUAUUUUAAAAUUGUGUGGUAUAUACAUGCAGUCUUUCUAAUUGUAAGGCAUUUGGUAACAUUUAACAAAAGAGCUUGUUCAACGAUCGUGAUGCACCUGUUUAGUUUACAGCACAGACGUUAAUAUUCAAUAAUUUAAGAAAACAGGCCAAUGCCUGUCACCUCUUGAUUGAGGAUGUUAUUCAUUAAAGGAAAUUUCGCAUAAUUUUCUUUCAUUGAAAUAACAUUCUUAGGCCUGUUUUAUACGUCGAAUUUCGGUCGCGCCGAAUGCAAUUUAAACAAUAGAAAUGAAGCGUAACGAGGUUUCUCAUCUCAUUAUCUAUUGUCUUAAUUGCAUUCGACGCGACCGAAAUUCGACGAAUAAAACGGGCCAUAGAUUAUUUGCUAAUCAGAAAGAAUUAUACAAUACAGUAAUCUUAUAUGAAAAGCGCUUUAGCAGAGCUCCUUUCAUCUCUGAGAUCGUGGGUUCAAUAGACCUUAUGCAUAAUGACGUCACAAGGCUUGAUGCCCGCGAGGAAUGCUGGUCUUAGUAGUCAUCGCCCAGGAAAAUUUCGAAUUGUUUAAUUUUAUUCUAUUUAUUAUUUUAUUCUAUUCUUGCUGCGGACUCGUGACACCACAAGAGUCAGUCAACAAAAGUCAAAAGUCGUGUGUUUUCCACCGGGUACUCCGGUUUCCUCGCACAGGGAAAGUUGAGAGGGUGGGUUGGGAUUAGCCCCAUAUAGAGCCGGGGUUAACCGGAAUGAUUCGUUUGAUAAAGUUCUUACCAUAUUUAAUUUCAGAACCAUCCUCAGAGAUACGAAAAAUCAUGCAGUUUCAUAUUAUUCUGACACUGCAAUAGACCAACGAAAAAUUCGUUGGUUCGAUGAAAAACUCGAUAGCUCAAUGGGUAGAGCGGCGGUCUAGAUACCCGAAGAUGCGAGUUCAAAUCCCGCUCGAGCCAACGAAUUUUUCGUUGGUCUAUUGCAGUGUCAGAAUAAUAUGAAACAAGUUCUUAUCAUGGUUUUAAUAAACAUCCAAAUUGACAGCCAGUCUGGCCCGCUAAAGGACCCUUCCACCGCAGCUGUGCUUCGUGAUCAGAUAUAAGUCAGAAGGUGGCUGCGAGCGGCGCCCUUUGAAAACCUACGACUAGAUCAAGUUGAGUUGCGUUCUUCACAAUUCAGCUUAGAUCUCGGCUGCAAGUAAGGAUUAUUAGUACCCCUCCUCCCCCCGAAAUGAAAUUUAGUUCAUUGAGCACUGUGGCACGUGCAUGUGUAAGUUACUACUUAGUGUAAGAACUAGUGAUACACCGAUAUCCAUAUAUCGGUGUAUCGGUAUCGGCUUAUCGGUACUAAAAUAGAAAUAUCCAUAAUUUUGUUGUUGAUAUUACCGAUACUACAAACUGUUAUUAAAUAUUAAUGAUUGGUUAUAGUUGCUUUGCUCAAACUGUUUUGUGGGUCUUAAAUGAAGUAAUUACCCAUGUGUACGCUGAUUAGGCGUUUUGUUACAUAUACUGAAGUCAAAACAAUAGACGCAAUUAACAUACGAGUUACGGAGGGCGGGCCAGAGGAAUAAAACAAAAAUUGGCGCUCAUGAUUACCUUUUGAAAUAGAAAAUGUUCCAGACCAAAAUCUAUAGGUCAAUCGGGCAUGUCAUAUGGCAACUAUUAACAAGUUUUCAUUCGCGGUUAGUAUGUUGGCAUUAAGUUGUAUUGUGCAUGUGGCACGGUUUUGCCCUCUAGCUUAUUUUUUAAAGUAAUUCGACAAAGCGGAUGUCAAAUGACACAAUUGUAAAACAGUAUUUUUUAUACACUUAUAAAACUAUUAUCAUUGACACAACUUCCCCUGUCUGGAGUUGCUGGUAUUGCUCAUGAUAGAUUUAGCAGUUGCAACUAUAAUUAGUUUGUUUGGUAUUUUGAUAGGAUAAUAAGUAAAAACUUUAUUUUGGGUAGAGAGCGACCUGAUUAAGGUUUUGGGGGUAUUUAUCAUGCAAACAUUAUAUAUUUAUAUAUUUUUUUCUGGCGGUUUGCUCUAAGGGCACUAGUGCUCAUACAGAGAGCUCACACAUAUUCGCUCUCGUCGUAUAUGGCUGGUAGCCGACUCGGUGAUGCGCACCUGAUUGGUUAUCAGCUCAUAUACGACUCGAGCUCAUGGUAUAAUUGUUUUAUAACAUAGUCUAUAAUAGCCAUUAAAGGCACAGUUCAUCCUUUUGAAUGAUGGAUCUUUUUCUGAACAAUUUAUAUUCUCAAUGAACAUGUUUUUUGUUUUUAAAUCAGUUUCUACACAAUAGAUGUUAACAUGUCAAAAUCUGUUUUUUCUGCUUCGCAAUGCUCUUGUAGUUUUUGUGCCAUUAGAGUGCUGUCAGCAUUAGAAGGGUGUUUUAGUAGAAAUGUCCAUAUUAGAGAGGUUUCCGUAUCAGGAAGCUAUCUGUAUUAGAGAGGCGUCUGUAUUAGAGGAGUGUCUGUAUUAAACAUUAGAAACUGGUCAAAAGAGUCUGGCCUACACAUUUUUCCUAAACGCAGGUUAUAGAUUUUUCUUUUUCUUUACGCAGGUCGAAUUAGAGCGCAAGUUGGAGAGUGCUAACAAAUCCAAGAUCCACUACAAACAGCAGUGGGGUAAAGCGCUGAAAGAACUUGGCAAAGUAAAACAAAGUGAACAGACGGCAGCCAAGGCAAGAUUGAAGCAACAAGAAAAAGAAUUAGAAGAAAUGAGACUGCGGUUCCUUGCAGCUCAGGAGAAAGAGGUAUACGUCUGUCACAUAUUGUACCUUGAAGAAUUUUUGAAAAUUUCGAGUGUACAUUUUGUGCAUUCAUUAAGACCUAACCAGGACUAACUAUAGGCCCGGAAAAUGCAACUAUAGUAUAGGCCCUCUGGCAGGAAUCGAGCCUGCGAUUCCGGUGCUGUCUGUGCAGAUCUCUAACCAGCUGAGCUAUUCAAGGAAGGGAAAAUGGCCUGAUACUCAGGCUAGUUUUAGAGAAAGAAAAACCGUUUGGAAUUCGUUUUACGUGGACUUGUGGUUAAUCUCGACAGCUGAACUCUGUAUAGCUCAGCUGGUUAGAUUCGAUUCCUGCUAGAGGGCCUACGGUUCCAUUUUUCACAGCUGCUCCUAGUUAGGUCAUGUAUUUUCCAUGUUUUUCGUAGAUUGCGAAUACUGAACGAAAGGAGUUAGAAGAUAUAAAGAAUGAACUGAAUAGGUAUGGAAUGAACCAUUGCAUAACACGUAGGGACGGAUCAGUUGGAAAGUUAUGACGGGGGGAUUUUCAGCUUGCACGAAGUUUUUCGGCCGCGUCUGCUUGUGGUGGAAUUUUUUUGCGGAAUAGACCUUAUGUAUAAUGACGUCACAAGGCUUGAUGCCCGUGAGGAAUGCUGGUCUUAAUAGUCAUCUCCCGGAAAAAUUUCUAGGCGAUGACUACUAAGACCAGCAUUCCUCGCGGGCAUCAAGCCUUGUGACGUCAUUAUGCAUAAGGUCCAUUGUACUGGGGCCAGUUGUACGAAGGCCGGAUAGCGCUAUCCACCGGAUAGUGAUUUUUUCAAGCUUUGUUAAAUCAGUCGUUGAUUGGUAUAACUCAUAUUAAAGUUUAGUAUUUAUAAGUUAAAUGUUUUUUUUAUAUUUCUUGUGUCGUCUAUAUUCGUAGUUUCACAGUUUUUCAAGCAUUUUACAAAGGUUGAAAAAAUCACUAUCCGCGGUGGAUAGCGGACCUUCGUACAACGCCGCCCAUGAGGUAUUUUCUCCGCAUUCCUUUUUGCACGAUUUUUUUAUCUUUAUGAUGGCGUCAUAAACCAAACCAACAACCAUAAUUUAUCUUCAUGCUCAGAUUAAAAGACCAAGAACGUUCAAAGCAACAAGACACCGUGACCCAACAACAAGAACACUUGCAUUCACAACAAGAAGCAGCCAUGUUGGCUGCGCGAGAAAGAGAAGAAACACAACGUAAGGAAGAGCUCGAUAGUAAAAUCGCCAAACUUAUAGAAGAAAGAGAUACCUUACUCCAGACUGGUGUUUAUACCACUGAAGAUAGAAUCAUUUCUGAACUUGAUAGACAGAUAAGAGAAGCCAUUGCUAGCAAGACGUGAACCGUAUGUAUGUUUAUACUGAUCUUUUGUACAUUUGUAUAUUGAUGCAUAAAGUUUAUAAAAGGUAGGUCCUUCUCAUAACAAUGAUAAUAAGAAUUAGUUUAUAACGAGUGUUUUAUAUCUGAUAACGGACUGCGAGCGUUUUAAAUGGCUUAAAAAACGACCCAUCUAUAAAGAGUUCAUUGGCGAAGUAAUUUUAAAAAUAAACGUUGUCUAAGCCGAGAAAAUCAAAGCUAAAAUUAUAUAAAUGAACAUGAUUUUUAUCACAUAUAAAACCACUGACACGCGGCAGUGAUUUCCUUUGUCUUUUCCUCAUGAAUUAUUAAUGAUUUUUAAAAUAAAUAUAGUGACUGCAAAAAUGACUCGCAGUCGUAAUUUUGAGACCCAAAGCUGGCAAAACCUUGGAGAAAUUCUAACACUUCGAAAUAGAUUAAACAUUCCGGAGUUGGCAUUGGCGUGUUGUAUUUUAUAAAACAUCCCUUCGCUUGUUUGAAAAUAACCUCGGGAUAUUUUUUCAUAAUUAAUGGUUUUAAACCUCUAUAAAGUAUCCGGUAAAGCUUUAACGCGGAAACUGUAAAAAAUGGUUCUGAGGAUUUUCAACACCACACUUACUUUAAGAAGCUGGUGUUGAAUUGUUGAAUGGUCCUAGUCUAUUUUGAGUUUCUAGUUUUGAUAAAUGACAGAUUCUUAUAGCCAGGUGAUCUCGUGUUCGUAUUUUAGCCAAUCAGCGCUCAGAAAGGGUUGUCCGAAUAGAAAUCCAUUUUGAUGUAUUCAGUCAAUUAUAUCUUUCGUUAUUCUUUAUGAAACUAGUUGAAAUUUUGUAAUUAUGUUUGGUUAUGAGAACUAUAGCUCUGACAAAGAUAUGGAAUCGAAAUAAAGUAUAUUACAGGAGAUAUUCAGUUGUUUUAAUCAUAAAAUGGAUUUCUAUUUGACAACUAGUGCCAGUACUUUUCCGCGUAUCAAGAUCAUCUGGAGGUAAUCAUAGUUGUUGAUACAGGGAAGGCUGAAUAAUUUCAAAGAUUUUUUUUCGAUAAACGAUUCUUAAUGCAAUCCUGAAAUCCAGAUAUACAGCAUAAAUGUAUACUUAACGUCCCAGUAUACAUUUAGAUUUCCGGCAAAUCUUGCCAGAGGAUUAUAGAGGAUCAUCUACGGAUUAAGUAUAUUGUUUACCUUUUUGUGUUAAAGUAUCUUCUACCACAUAUACAGCCAAUUCAAAAAAGGUUCAGUCCUUUGCACCUUAAACUCUAAGCACGCAAAGCUUAAUGGGAGCACAAGUUUUGUAGUUGAGUAUUGCAGCUAUUUGUGAAUGAAUUGUUCUCGUAAGGAGAUAUUUACCAUGUCUCUAAGAAAUGGGCCCAUGCGUAUAUGUGAUGCUCCCAUUAUGCUUUGCACGCUUAGAUUUUAAGUUUGAGGUUUAGAGUUUGAGGUUUGCAAAGGUUUGCAUAUAUAUUAAAUAUAUGUGUAUCCAAAAUCUUAAGCUAUAUAUAUAUAUAUAUAUAUAU